AUGCAUGCUUUCAAAUUGGGUUUUAGUGUAAGAAAAGGGAGGACGUUGUAUCAUGACAAUGAGAAAAAGAAUAUACGUUUGAAAGACUUUUAUUGUUCUAAACAAGGGUUUAAGAACAACGAACCUAGUGGUGAAGUAGCUUAUGAAAGAGCAGAUUGCAAAGCCAUGGUGCGAUGUAAUGUGAGCAAGGAUGGAGAAUGGAAAAUUACAAAGUUGGUAGUGGAUCACAACCAUGACUUUGUGCCACCUGAGCAAAGACAUUUGUUACGCUCUAUGAGAAAAGUGACAGAAGCUAAAGGAGGUAUCAUAAAGUUGAUGGUGAGUGCCGGUAUAAAAGUUAAAAAUAUUUGGAGCUACUUAGGGGAAGAGGUUGGUGGGUAUGAUAAGGUAGGCAUAACAAUGAAAGAUAUGCAUAAUUAUGUCUAUGUUGAAAAGAUGAAAUCAAUUGAAGCUGGAGAUGCCCAAUCUUUAGUGAAUGAGUUGCAAAAUAGGCAAGCACAAGAUUCCAUGUUCUACUAUAGUGUGCAGUUAGAUCAAGAAUCACGUUUGACCAAUGUCAUUCACUAG